UAGCUCAAAGUUCACUUGGCCUAUAAAUACAAUACCUGUACAUAUUUAACAACCAACUUGUGUCGGUGUUCUUACAAUUUUCUAAGGAGAACUCGCAACAACAUUUCAUCAUGAAAACUUUACUUGUCUUUGUUCUUGUGUUCAUUGGCUCAUUAGAGGCUUUGGAUCCUACUGAAUGUUUGAAUGGAAUCAAUACAUGCGUGCAAUCUUUUACCAAUGACAUGAAAAAUGUUGACGGAACUAACGCAAUAUGCAAUGACGUCGACUCCUAUUUCAAGUGUAUCUUUAGUCAUGGCUGUUCUCUGGAAGGCGAUAUGAAACAGCUACUUCUAGGUUCUCUGAAAACAACAUUUAGCGCACUAAAUUGUAAUUUCUCAGUAGAAGAUAAACUAAAUCAAUAUGGCAACUCAGCAUCAAGCAUGUCUUCCAAAUAUAUUCCGUUGGUUGUAACAUUCUCUGUUGUUGUAGUCUUCCUAAGGAGAUUGACAGCCACUGUUUAUUAAUAAAAGUAGUUCAUUCUGAAAUAAAUAAUUUAUUAAAAUAA